AUGAUGGAGAACGAAGGAGCAGGACAACGAAGCGUAUCCCGUAUUCGAAAUCCAGCAGGAAAGAAGAGCUGUAAAUGUGUUGUUACCAAGAAGACUAGAGGAAAGAACGGCAACAACAAAAAUGUUGCUGGAAAGCCAUCAGCAUGCGUCGGAAGGAACAACCAGCAGUACAUUAUGGUUGCAAAAAUUCAGCGGGAUGUUGAUGUCAAUACUUCUGCCGCCAACGGCAUGAGCCACAUGGGUCCUGGAACUGAAUACUUUGUGACUCUUUUGAAUUCCUUUGUGGAGAAAUACUGGGAGGCCAGGUUGGAAGGAAAACAAAGGAAGCUAUGCGAGAAGAUUGUCAAUACGAUCCAGGGACGCGGCGGAGCAUUCUAUAAGAAAGCAAAGGGAGGAUACACAAGACUGGAUUUCGAAUCAGCGCUAAAAGCAACCGACGAAUCUCUCAAUGAAAUAUUGAUAGUGAAGGGGAAGAGCAAGAAAAGAGGGAAGGACGACGACAUUAUUUUCACCGCAACCGAGCGUGUGCCCAAGAAACAUGUCGUGUACGGCACCAACAAAUGGGAAAAUUCACUAUUCACACCAUCACAUUUGAGUCGUUAUUCUGAUCCCAAUACCAGUCCAAAAGAACGAGGUACUAUCAUUCAAAGUAUCUUCGAGGUACUUACGAAUAAGUUUGAAAAAGUUCUCGAUCCAUUGUCCAGCAAUCGGCUCUAUGUCGUCUCUCCAUGCAAGUGGAAAGAAAUGAUUAUGGGUAUGUUGGAAGAUUACAAGGCCGAAAAGGAGAAGUAUCCAAAUCUUGUCAUUGUCGACGCGAUUCAAGACGAUGAUUUCCGGCCGUGGAAGAUCGACGACUCCACAAAGGGAAGCGCAAUUGUGAUCUCUCAAGUAGCGAAGUACAAUGACCCCAGAGCUAGUCAAACUGACAAAACGAACCUGUUGCUUAAUGUUUCACGACGAAUUGAAGCAGGUGGUGGAAAGAUCUUUGAACCUCUGCUUAGAUUCAACCAGUACCGAGAAAUCGAUCCCAGAUUCGCAGUUGGAACACUGCAGCGAUUUGUGGAAAGGCACACAGCUUUCAAGAUGCGCAUGUUACGCUCUGAGAAGUACGAGAACAACCUUUUCCGAGCCGAAGCGAUUGGAGCGAAGGAUGUCUUGUACGGCUCCGUUUUGUGA